AGCACCUACCCAAGCCAUGUCCUCUAUGGCAUCCGUGCAGAGGGCAGGGAGCACCUCCUGUGGCUGGAGAGGAACAGGGCCCUGCUGGGGCAGCACUACACCGAGACUCACUACUCUGCAAACGGCUCGGAGAUCACGGAGCAGCCGGACACACAGAAAUCAGGUCCGGUCCAAAAAGGUCCCCGGUACGUGGAGCUGGUGCUGGUGGCAGAUAACCAGGAGUUCAGGAAGCACAAGGACCUGCGCACGGUGCAGAACCGCAUGAAGGAGAUCGUGAACCACGUGGACAAGCUGUACCAGCCCCUCCGCCUGAGGGUGGCCCUCAUUGGCCUGGAGGUGUGGAACCACAGGGACAAAAUCACCGUCAGCCCCAACCCCGAGGUGACCCUGGACAACUUCCUGCACUGGCGGGAGUCGGAGCUGCUGAGGAAGAAGCCCCAUGACAAUGCCCAGCUGAUCACGGGCGUUGAUUUCCAUGGCAACACCGUGGGGCUGGCCAAGAAGCUGGUGAUGUGCACCAGGGACUCGGGCGGCGUCAACCAGGACCACAGCACGAACCCCAUCGGAGCUGCCUCCACCAUGGCCCAUGAGAUGGGGCACAACCUGGGCAUGUCCCACGACGAGGACGUCGCCGGCUGCCGCUGCCCUGUCCCCAAAGCUGACGGGGGCUGCGUCAUGGCAGGGAGCGUGGG